GGGCUCUGCCAGGGAAGGAGGGAGGCACAGAGGGUCGGCGCGCGGACAGGGGGAGGAAGGAGCGCUCGAGGGAGCCCGGGAGGUGCUGGGGAGGGGAUGGGCCUGGCGGCGGUGAGGCUGGGCCUGCUGCUGGGCGGGGAAGCGGCCCCAGUUUCCCCGUACAUGGAUGGGAGACGGGCAUACAAGCACACGGACCGGGAGGCAUCCCUACAUUCUGGAAAGGAUCGGAGAUAUCUCUCUUCAGGGAGAAGUAGGUUCAUUCGGAAACGAGGCUGGAAGGAGAAUCGUCUGUUCCUGCAUUCCAGGGGUAGGGUCUGGGGCUUCUUCCUGAUCCCUCCUGUGCUUGGAUCUUUUGGGGAGGAGCCAUGUGGCAGUGGGGGGCAGCUCCCUUCUGGUGGGGGCAGGGUGCUCCGGAACACUACAGCAGGGCUGGAUCGUCGCCGCAGGAGACCCUCUGCUAUGGGUCCAACUCGGCCUCGGCUUUUCUCUGGAUCCUUUCAGGAGUCACUCCAAGGGUCAGACCAGGAUCCCCGUAGGAUUAAAUUAGAAGGGAAUGUGGCAUCUAGUCAUGGAGGCCUAUUCCAGGGUGGUGCUUACCGUUGUGCCCGCUGUGGGAGACAUUUUCCUGGAUGGGCAGCCUUGCGACGUCAUACUCGUCGGCAUCAUGGCCGUCCACCCUUGCCUUGCCCUGAGUGUGGCCGUCGAUUUCACCAUGCUCCUUUCUUGGCCUUACACCGGCUGGCUCACUCUGCUGCCACAGCCAUACCUCCUGCUACAGGUUUCCUCUGCCAAGUCUGUGGGCAGAGUUUCAGGAGCUGGGCGGCCCUUGCACUUCAUGGCCAAGUUCAUGCCUCAUCUGCCCGAGCAGUCGCCUGCCCCAAGUGUGAGAAACGCUUCAGCCGAGCCUCCCAGCUGCGUGCACACUUGCGACAGAACCACCCACCUGCUCCACCACCUCGCCGUUUCAUCUGCAGUGGCUGUGGUCAGAGUUUUGCACAGUGGGCUGAGCUAGUUGCCCACAAGCAGAUACACGUAGCUGAAGCACAAGCAUCAGAAAAAGCCCUUGCACCACGGCCCCGGGGCCGCCCAGCACUUACUGCUGCUCAGCCAGGGGGUGAUGCUGCUGACCGACCUUUCCAGUGUGCCUGGUGUGGCAAAUGUUUCCGUCACAAGCCUAAUCUGAUUGCUCACCGCCGUGUGCAUACUGGUGAACGUCCCCACCAGUGCCCUGAGUGUGGAAAACGUUUCACUAAUAAGCCCUACUUAACUUCCCACCGGCGAAUUCAUACCGGUGAGAAGCCUUAUCCAUGCACUGAAUGUGGGCGCCGCUUCCGGCACAAACCCAACCUUUUGUCUCAUGGCAAGAUUCACCGGCGCCCUCAGGGUUCUGUGGAGGCCACCAGUAGUCAAGGGAGUUUCCAGCUUCCACCUCAACUCUUGGAAACUCAACAAGAUCAAGUCAUAGACCCUCAACAGGACCAGGUUGUAGAUCCUCAGCAAAUCCAGGCCAUGAAUCUUCAGCAGGAACAGCUCGUAGAAUCCCAACAGGAUCAGUCCACAGACCUUCAACAAGGCCAAAUGGACUCCCAACAGGACCAGGUCUUGGAUCCCCAGCAGGACCAGGGAAUGAACUUUCAGCAGGACCAGGAAGUGGAUCCUGCUGUCUCCUAUAACUAUGAUGAGUGUGGACGCAUGUUUCGGAACCGAAAGUCUUUGCGUGGUCAACAGCAACUACAUCCUGGGGAACGUCCUUUCAUAUGUAGUGAAUGUGGAAAAAACUUUAGUAAGAAAACCCAUUUGGUGGCCCACAUCCGUAUCCACUCAGGUGAGCGGCCCUUUGCCUGCCUAGAAUGUGGGCGCCGUUUCUCACAAGGAAGUCACCUGGCAGCCCACCGUCGUGAUCACGCCCCAGAGCGGCCCUUCAUUUGCCCCGACUGUGGCAAAUCUUUUAGGCACAAGCCCUACUUGGCAGCCCAUCGCCGCAUCCACACAGGUGAGAGGCCCUAUGCCUGUCCUGACUGUGGCAAGGCCUUCAGCCAGAAAUCCAACCUUGUGUCCCACCGGCGCAUCCAUACAGGUGAGCGACCUUAUGCUUGCCCUGAUUGUGAGAGGCGCUUCAGUCAGAAAUCUAAUCUGAUCACACACCGCAAGAGCCAUGGUCGAGAAGGGCCAUUCAUCUGUGCCACCUGUGGGGAGAGCUUCAGUCAUGAGCAAAAGCUCCUGACUCAUCAGAGGAAGCAUGUGGCCUGACCUGGUAGGAGUGGGAGAGCAAAGACGGGGAGAUAAACUUUGAGGAGUAGGCAAAGGUGUCAUGAUGGAAGAUGUUAGUGAUGGUAAUGGAGUAAGGAAUGGGAGGCUUCUCUUGGAAGUUGGUCAGGACCCAGGAGAGAGGACUCAGUAUCCUUGCCUCAGCAAGUCUGUUAGAAGUUUCCAGAUAACCCCAGGCUGUUUCCACCUCACUGGAAGUUCUUCUCUUCUUGCCCCUUGGGGAAGAAGUAUUUGAAAAGAAGAUGCAUCAGCAGCUGGAAAGAAUGAGAACAUCUGGGACAUAUGCAGAGAUCUCCAAUAUGUUAGGCAGCAUUUGAAUUUAUUUAGACAUCUCCAGAGAAGGAAAUGCCCUAGUGAUGUCAGUUUUUGGCAGCAUCUGAUUUCUCUGGUCCCCUUCACACUUCCUUUCCUACCUACCCUCUUCUGCCUCCCAGCUCAAAUCUACCCUUUUCCUUCACUUUUUUUUUUUUUUUUAUGUAUAUGUAACUUCUCUACCCAUAACUGGUUUCAGCUUUGAAUUCUCAACACAGCAUCUUUUUUGCCUUCCCUCCCAGAUCAAGACUUUGUCUAAAUCCUUAAUUUCUUUUAACUCUUCUAGCUUUCAUUACUGUACUAUAGAGACAGACAGACACAGAGGAAUGGGAUAGGCAUGGAAGAGAUCUUAACCUGUUGAAAUGGACCUUUGAGUUCAUCCAGUUUGCAUCUAAUAGAGGAAUUGAUCUCAUCUCAUAUAUUUAACAGACCAGCCUCUGCUUAAACACUUCCAGGGAUGGGGAUGGAAAAUCCUUUGAAGAUAGUUCAUUCUGUUGCUUAAUAUCUAAUUGUUGGAAAUUUCUUUUUUACAUUAAGUGAAAGGGCAUUUCCUUAUAUUCUGCCUAUUGGUUCUAGUUCGGUCCUCUGGAAUCAAGCCAUAUAAAGUAAGUCUGGUUCCUUCAAGUCCCAAUGAAUAAGGCAGAUUUUCAGCUAUGGCUACAACAUAUUUUCUUCCUUUAUUGAAUUGCAAAAGUUGGCAUCUGAGAAGGCUGUUUUCCAAGGGAAAUGUGUGUAGAGGUAACUCGGACAAUAAAGUAAGCAUCAAUGGGACUUAGCGUGGUGGGUGAAGGAGAAUGGGGUCAGGUCCCCUGCUUUAGGAAUUCCAGAGUGCAGUAGGCUUUAACAGUUUCUUAUGCCUAGGAAUUUCUAGAAAAUGCAGCGAUUUCAGCCAUAGAGGUUGUGAUAAUUUUCUAGGAGGGCAAACUGAAGCCACUCAGGACUUUCUGGCAAGCAAAUAGAACUGGGAUAAGAACCCAUAUCUCCAGGGAGUUUUAUCUUCCUAUUUUUUUGCUGUGGGUCUUCCUAUAGGUUAAACUAGGGAAGGCAGAAUCAUCUUUACUGCUUUUACUUUGCCACUAUUUUAGGAUCACAGAUUUAGAGCCAGAAGAGAACAGUUUAGAUAUUAUGUCCAAUCCUGGCAUUUUACAUAUAAGAAAGUGAGGCCCAUAGGCCUGUUUAAGGUCACACAGAUAGUAAGUGACAGUCAAAAUCCAAAUGUGGGUUCUCUAAAUUCGUUUUCUCUAGAUACUGCCAGCAUCAUCAGUGUGAUUAAGAUGUUGUUAUAAGGUUGCAGACUUUGGUUAGACCCAGAUUUUGCUCUUUAUUAGCCAGUGCCCUAGAUGGUAAUCAAAAAGUGACUUUAGUAGGGAAAAUAGUUCUAGAGAAUAUCAAUUAUCCCACAUUUGGUUGCCAGUACUGGGCUAAUUCUCCUUUCGUGUCAAUUCAUAUACACAGAAAUGAACAUACAUGCAUACAUACAUGUAUGUAAAUGAGGUCCAGUAGAUGGACAGGACCUCUUUAAAUGUUUUUUCUGCCUUCCAUGGGAGAUUUAACUUCCAAUAUUACAAGUAAUACUACUUUAUAUUUAGUUAUUGUGUAUAUGCCUCAGAUUCAUGAGCUUAGAUAAUAUUAGAACUGGAAUACUUAGAUAACUAGUAUUUGAUAAUUAUCCCUGGGCCAUCAUACUUGAUACCCUCUAUUUUGGCUUCCAUGGUGUUUGCCUUUUACUAUUUUACUUCUGACAGAUCCUUAGUCCAUUUCUCUUUUUGAUUCUUCAUCAUCUUACCCCUUUAUCAUGUGUCUCUCAAAACACUUAACCUUCUUCUCUCUGCCUUUUUUUUUUUUUUUUUUUUUGGAUAAUAUUUUUUGAUCCCAUAGCUUCAGCUAUCACGUCUAUGCAGGUAACUGCCACAUCUUUUCUGGUCAAACUGGAUAACUUCCCUAUUACUAUCCUGUCCCUUUUUUAUUCAUGGCUUUCCCAUUCCAAUCUUUAUGAGAAAUUGAUUCUUCCCUAGAGCUCCAGCUUCAUAGUUCCAACUGCUCACUGUGAAUCUCCAUUUAUGUGUUCUAUUGGCACAGUAAAAUCAGUCUAUCCAAAACUGGGCUCGUCCUAUAAUCUACAAAACCUGCUUUUCUCACAUCCUCUUUUUGCUGUAACCACCAUUCUUUCAGUUAUUUAUGCAUACAACUUGCCAUUUUUCUGAAACUUCUCUCCCCAAAUCUAGUAUUGAUAAUUCUACCUGUACAAUCUCACCAGUUAUAGUUGAGGGUCUCAUUUCAUUGUCUAAGCUAUUGUAAUAAUCUAUUUCAUCUUUAUGCUUCCAAACUAUCCCCUCCUUGCUGCUUAAACUUUUUAAUGCACUGCUUUGAUCAUGUCACUUCUCAAAAAUCAUCAGUGAUUCCUUAUUACCAAGGAAAGUAGAAACUCUUGAUCCUAGCAUUUGAGAUAUUCCAUAAUCUGUUUUCAUCCUUCUUUUCUAGCAUAUUUCCUAUAACAUUCUUUACUUGAGGUAAGCUGGGUUUUGCUCUCCCCCAUUUUCAUCUUGUCCCCACCCAUCUCUGUUCCUUAUGCUGUCUUCCAUUUUUGGAAUUUUGGAAUAUGCUUCCCUUCCCACCCACCUUCACCUCUAUUACAAAAUACCUUCCUUGAAUACUCAAGUCAGGUUUCAUCUCCACAAACCUUCCCUCACUACCCUCCCCCACCAUCCUCUAGGUGAAUGUGAUCUUUCCUUUCAUUUUUUUAUGAACUUUACAUUUAAUUUCACUUUCCCGUUGUAUCAUUGUUAUUUCUGUACCUGUCUGUUCCCCGGUUAGAUUGUAUGCUCCUUACGAGCAGGGUCUGUGUUUUGUCUCUCUUCCUAAAACUUAGAAUAGUUCACAUAGGAGGUGCUUAAAAAAUGUUUGUUCAGUUGAAUUAACUAGUCCAACCCUCUCAUUUUGCAGAUGAGGGUACUGAGGUUCAGAGAAGUGGGAAGCUAUAUCCAAGGUCACACAGCUAGUUUGUGGCAGAGCCUGGUCUAGGACUCAGGUUAGUGCUAGUUUUGCUUCCCCAUCAUCAAUUCCCCACUAGAUUGUGAAGUCCUGAAGGGCAGAGACUGUCUGCUAAUUCUGUAUCCCCCUUCCCCCACCUCAGCAAGGACAACAUAAUAAAUGUGUUCGAUGAAUUAA